AUGAUCAUGAUGUUCGAAUCAAUGCAAGAAAUCAGUGACCGCCUACCAGCCAAAUCUACUCCAAGUCCAGAAUCAUUGCUUGUUGGGGAUAGGCCCGUCGCUGACCCCCAAGUGGCAGAAUUGAUUUCCAAAAUCAGCAAACUCGAGGAAUCUAUCCUCAAAAUAGAAAGAAUGGGGAGGAGUCAAAUAGACAUGGAUCGUUUAAGUCUAUUUCCCAACGCAAAACUGCCCGAGAAGUUUAAAGGGAUGGACUUUGCCAAAUUUGAUGGGACUACUGAUCUAAAGGCCCACUUGCUAGGGUAUGUUGGGUCCCUUUCCAUGCCAGGGGUCGAAAAAUACGCCAUGGCUCAAUUAUUCCAUGAGUCACUUACUGGCCCGGCUCUACAAUGGUUCCUUUCCUUGGCACCCUCGAAGAAAAAGACGUGGGAGGACAUUGGAAUGGCUUUUGUGUCCCAAUACGACUUCAACGUUGAGCUGAAAAUGACCACCCGAGAACUUGAGAACAGCAAAAUCGGCGAAAAUGAGAGUUUCGCUGACUAUGUAAAAAGGCGGAGAGCCAAAGUUGCCCAAAUGCUCAAUAAGCCAGAUCUAAAAGAGCAGAUACAAGCACUUAGGGAUGGUACCCUCGAAAAGAAAGAACCCGCCUUAAAAGGCAAGGGACUCCAUCCCGGCGAUGGCAAAGUCCUUUUCGGAAACAACAAUACCUCCCACGUUGAGAACUCCUCAAAUGCCAAACCCCUCGAAAUAAACCAGAUAGCUGAUAAACCAACUCGCACCUUCACCCAAUUUAGUACACCCCUAUCCACACUCUAUGAACAACUCUUCAAAGCCGGUCUUAUCAAGCCGCUCCUUCUAGCUCCUAUACCCCAAAAGCUUCCAACCUACCACGACCCAAAUGCCUUCUGCGCCUUUCACCAAAUGCCCGACCAUGUUACCGAUAAGUGUCACCGUCUCCGUCACAAAAUUCAAGACCUUAUCGAUAGCGAAACCAUCCUUCCGCCACCAAAGGAAUCAAGCACCUUGUCAAACCACCACAUUAACUACAUUAACACCAGCUCUACUAUAUUUGACUCUACUCACUAUAUCAUCCCUGCUUACCUACCCAAACCAAUUGUACCCAUUCCCGAUGAAUCCAAUAUUUCAGUAUUGGAAUUUGAACCAACGAUAGAGCAAAGAGAACUUAAAGAGUUAAGGAAUGCUGUGGAGGAAAUGGGUCAGAAAAUGGAUACGCAAAUGAUCCAAAUAGGGGCUUUAACACAAAAGAUGGAUAGUCUCCUCGCCUUCAUAGUCUCGGAUCCAAAGUGA